AUGCAUUAAUCGUUACAAAUUACCAAACCGGAGAAUGUAAUGACUGAUGAAAUGACCGAUAAACGGCUAACGAUAAUCGAUGAAUUUAUCUUAAAAGAUAUAAAUGAAAAUGAUGAUGGUGAUGGUGAUAGUGAUGAUGGUGAUGAUGAUGAUGAUAAUGAUAAUAUUGCUUGCGCUGAUAUACCUGUCAUUAUUACUGCUGGCGGCCUGGAAGAAAUACGAUUAUUGAUUGAUAGUUAUUGCAGUAUGGUAUGA